CCUGACUGUCCUGAUAAACAGUCAGUGGAAUAACUGUUACAGAGUACUCGAACCUGUAACUCACAGCUGAUGAGCAUCAGGUGAAUGUGAGGAGAUCUGAAGAUGACAUGAUGAUAUCAAAGAAUGUGUGAUCUUAUCUUGGAUUACAUUCCUGGUGAACUCUGAAUGGGAAUACUCAUCAGAUAGCCUAUGAUGGAAUACCAACAACAUUAAGUUUAUUUUUCAGCAUCCUCCUGUCAGCAUUGACCAGAACUGUACAUACCACAACAACUUUGUGUCCUGAGGAGUGGGCUUUGGUGAGGGCUCUUCCACGAUGAGAGACCGCUUGGAAGAGCUGCAGCAGAGGGCUCAAGAGUUUUCUGGGGCAGCAAGCGAGAAUACCAACCCUUUCACAGAGGAUGGUGAUAAUGUCGACUCUGAGGUGGUCGGGGUCAUAAUUCCACAGGCUGUGAUGUUUGAGGAGGAGCCAAUCAUUGAGAAUUUCUUGUCUGAGGCUCAGAAAAUCAGAGAUGACAUCACUGCGCUGGAGACGGAGGUUCUAACAUUCACCCAGCAGCAAAAGACCCUGGUGGCAACCAUGCGUCGUUUCAGUGUGAUGAAGAAAGAGAGCAGCAUAACACGAGACAUCAAGCUCAAGGCUGAAAGCCUCCACCGACGAUUAGAUGCCCUUUCAAAACAGGUCCAAAGAACUGAGGACCAGCAGGGGUCUACUGCUGUAACAACAAGAAUACAACGCUCCCAGCAUGCAGCACUGUACCGCAAAUUCCAGCAGGUAAUGCUGCAGUAUAAUGAAGGUCUGCUGACAAAGCAGGAGUGCUGUAAGCACUUCAUUAUCCGGCAGCUGGAGGUAUCGGGAAGGGAUGUGGCGGAGGAGGAGGUAAAUGAGAUGGUCGCCACAGGAAAAUGGGAGGUCUUCAAUGAGAACCUGCUGAACGAUGCCAGAAUCACACGGUCACAACUAUCUGAGAUCGAACAGCGACACAAGGAGUUGUUGAGCCUGGAGAACAAUAUGAAGGAGCUGAGGGACUUGUUCAUGGACAUUUUCAUGCUGGUGGAGGAACAAGGGGCCUACAUUGAACACAUCCAGACCAAUGUAGAGAGGACACAGGAUUAUGUGGCUACAUCUAAUGAGAAGUUCAAGAUGGCUGCCAGAUAUAAGAAGAAGAACCCACUUAGACAGCUGUGCUGCUGCUGCUGCCCUCCCUGGAGAUGCUGCUUAUAGCACAUCUACAGCUUUACCUCAACAGUCAUUCCAAAUAAUGUUUUAUUUCAAUAGUUUUACUUACCUGUUGGGAGUAAGCAACACUGUAUUCAAGUGUCGUUAAAGUGAAGGUUAUGGUGCUGUAGUUUUUGAGCAGAGCAACAGUGAAGACAGAUUCAGCAGAGCAUAGAAAACAAUUAGGGGGAAGGGCCAGAAUUGGUAUUUGAGGCACUUGUUUCUUUCAAGAGGAUGUGAAGCGACCACUAUUGGAAGAGACAGUUCAGUGGGUGCUACUCACCAACACUGCUGCUUAUUGGAGACCUUCACUGUCAUCUGACAGAGGUCACAAACAAGGGGAGAUCACUGCCUCUGCCACUGCCACUGCAAGAUCAGCAACACUGAUAUUUCAUGUUUGUUUGUUUGUUUUUUUUUUCAAAGGAGCGUCUCAUCUUUUUUUUUGUGUCACAGGAGCUCCAGUUAAUGACCAUGUAUUUUUUAUACAGUAUAUAAGCACUUUAAAACUAAUCUAUAAUAUUACUCUUUUCUGCAGAAACUAAACUGUACUGUAUUAGAGAAAGAUUUUCUCUCUGAGAGAUUUUGAGUCACGACAUAUUCAUUAAAUUUUUGGUUCACAUGCUGAUGAAAAAAGACCUUGUUUUACAAUUAGUCAUUAGUCUCAUUUGCAUUUCAAAGUCUGAUCAUUUUCAGUGAAAAAAAUGUUAUUAAUUUAUUCAGUUUCACAGAGGGCAGGACUGAAGUAAAACUCUGAAUAACAAGCCAUGAUCAAAAUAUUUCUAUCAUGAUCUAUCUAUCAGAAAAUCAUUAAAGUUAUUGUUAAAAAAAAAUA